UUCGAAAACCCAGGCAAUCUGUUUGUAGUUUAUGUUCGACAAUUUUGUCCAUAAUACUGCGCACAAAGGAUCGGAGAUGGCCAAGGCAUGCUGAUAAACAUUCAAAGGGGGAUGUGUAAGCAAGUCGGAGGCCGGGUAGACCAUGCGUUCCUUCCUCCGCAUCUGCUUACAGACUAUGUCCGGUCUCAUGAUAAGAGCAAGGAGCAUAAGAAGGCAAGAUUUAUGCUGUAGGACCUUUAUUCAGAAAGCCAUCAAUAUCCCGAUAUCUACCAAAUUCACUCCAAUCCAAAAAAAAAAACCAACAAUGGCAUCAUAUCUCAUCACUGGCGCUUCCAGAGGCAUUGGCCUUGAGCUCGUCAAGCAGCUGCUCGAACUCCCGGCUUCGCAAGUCUCCAAGGUCUUCGCAGUUGCUCGCAAUGUAGAGAUCGACGCCAUCAAGGAACUCGUCCAGAAACACUCUGACCGUGUUAUCCCUAUUUCCGCUUCAGUCAACAAUACCGCCAGUCUUGAAAAGGCGGUGGAGAGCGUCAAGGGCAAACUCGAUGGCCAAGGACUAGAUGUAUUGGUCAACAACGCAGGUAUCAACGGUCUCACCACUGGUGGCAUCAAAGGCAUGGAAGUCGAUCAGCUAUCUCAGAUCCUCGAUGUCAAUGUGAUCGGCGUACAAAGAGUCACCGCUGCUUUCGUACCUCUGCUCGAACAGGGUACGCAGAAGAAGGUCUUCAACAUCUCUUCUGCCCUUGGCUCGUUCGCCCUUGCAUCCUACAUCGCCGACAUGCCAACAGACGCCUACAUCAUUUCCAAGACAGCACUGAACAUGUUAACUCUGAGAUGGGCACAACAGUAUGCCGACGCAGGAUUCACUAUCGCUGCCAUAUCGCCUGGGUGGCUGAGAACGGACAUGGGCUCCAAAGAUGCAGACCUCAGCGUCGAGCAAGGUGUUUCUGAGGUCAAGAGACUGAUCUUGGAAAGCGGAAAGGAAAAGAAUGGAAAGUUCCUCAACAUCAAGGCUGCCAAGACUGAUGAUAUGAUGUGGGAGUACGAUGGCAAGGAUAUUGCUUGGUAGAUCAAUACUGCAUGGUCGUCCCUAUGCCAGGUCGGUAGCACUUAAUGAAUCAUGAUUGCAAGUUUCUCUGAA